UACAUGUCAAAUAAUUAUAUUUUGGUAAUAAUCAUUCUUUAUCUAUGUUCUUAAAGAUUAUGUUUGAAAUUGAUUCACCUAAAAUACAGAGUAUGCUUUGGUGAAAAUAUAAAUGUUAUACCUUCAAUUCCGUCGCAAGAUAUAUCUGGUAAAAGAAAGGCGCCAAACUUUCGAAUAAUUGGAGGAAAUGGCUCAGAUCAUCAAGACUGGUCACGUAUGGAAAGAAAUGAACUAGGAGAUUUUCCCGUUUAAGUGACUUGAAUUCAGAUCCCACAAUCGACGAUGGGGCUACCUCAUUAGACGUACCAAUUGAACGUAUUAUAAAACAUAAAGAACAUAACAAACGUGCUUUAAUCAACGACAUCGCAUUAGUGGUAUUGAAAAAUAAUAUACAUUUUACUAAAUUAAUUCAACCAAUAUAUUUGCCUUUAUCACAAGAUACGAAAAUUAUCGAUAUAGCAAGUAACUUACCAUUUACUGUUGGAUGGGGAAAAACAGAAUUGGAUUAAUUGCCUUCGUCUUUAGAAGAAGUCCAAGUUCUAAUAAUGAGUACAAGGGAAUGUGCAAAAUUAUAUUCAAAGGCAUCUCGAGCAGUAAUCGACGACAGAGUAAUAUAUGUGCUGGAGAAAAAGGAAAAGACACAUAUCAAUGGCAAAACAUUUUUACAUCAAUUAGAUACUACAUCAGAAAUACAAUCAUCAAUACCGACCACGUAUGAAAAAUAACGAAAAAGUAUUACGUUAAGAUAUCAAUAUGGGAAAAGGACGAUAUUUUAUAAUCACAACCCUUAUUGUCGGAAUUAUAACUGCUCUUCCUAAAGAUAAGAUUGUAUUUGAGAUUGAAUCACCUAAAAUACCGAGUAAAUCACAUGAGAACAUAUCACAUUUUGCAUCUAAGUUACCAUCAAAAGAUACGUGUGGUAAAAGAAAGGCACCAAGCUUUCGAAUAGUUGGAGGAAGUGACUCAGAUUUAGGUGUUUGGCCUUGGAUGGUAGCUCUCUUUUAUGAGUUUAAGGAUGGCUCUGUAAAAUGGGAUUGUGGUGGUACAUUAAUUUCUAAACAACAUGUCUUAACUUCUGCCAGUUGUUUGGUUAAUUUAGAUAGAAGAAUAUUGAGAUUUGUACGCUUAGGUGACUUGGAUUUGAAUUUCUAUAUCGAUGAUGGGGUAAUCCCAUUGGAUGUUCCAAUCGAACGUGUUAUACGACAUAAAGAAUAUAAUGGUACGAUUUUAACCAAUAACAUCGGAUUGGUGGUAUUGAAAAACGAUAUUACUUUUACUACAUUUAUCCAACCAAUAUGUUUGCCAUUACUACCAGCUAUGAAAAACAUCGAUAUUGAAAAUAAUUUUCCAUUUAUUGCGGGAUGGGGAGCAGAUGUAGAAGGAGAACCACCGUCUGGAUCUUUAAAGGAAGUUCGAGUUCCAAUCAUAGAUAUGGAGCACUGUAAAUGGAUAAUAUUUAGAGAUUUGAAAACACAUGUUAAUAAUAAAACAGUUAUGGACGAUAGACUAAUGUGUGCCGGAGAAAAAGGAAAAGACGCAUGUUUGGGUGAUUCCGGUGGUUCAUUAAUGUGGUUGAAGGAAAAACAGUUUUAUGUGAUAGGCAUAGUUUCUUAUGGUUAUGGAUUUUGUGGAGACAAUCCAAGCAUGUAUACUAAAGUGUCUUCUUAUAUUGAUUGGAUUUUAGAGAUAUUACGUCCAGAUAUCAACAUGCGAAAAGAACGAUAUUAUAUAAUCACAACCCUUAUUGUCGGAAUUAUAACUGCUCUUCCAAAUGGUAAUAUUGUGUUUGAGAUUGAUUCACCUAAGGUACAGAGUAAAUCACGUGAAGACAUAAUACCACAUUUUGCAUCUAAGUUACCAUCACAAGAUACAUGUGGUAAAAGAAAGGCACCAAGCUUUCGAAUAGUUGGAGGAAGUGAUUCAGAUUUAGGUGUUUGGCCUUGGAUGGUAGCUCUUGGAUACGAGGAUAAAGAUGAUGUCAAUGGUUCUAUAAAAUGGGCUUGUGGUGGUACAUUAAUUUCUAAACAACAUGCCUUAACUACCGCUCAUUGUGUGGUUGCUACAGCGCAAAUAAUAUUAAAAGUUGCACGCUUAGGUGAAUUGGAUUUGGAUUCCACAAUCGAUGAUGGGGUAACACCAUUGGAUGUUCCAAUCGAACGUGUUAUACAACAUAAAGAAUACGACAAAAAAACUUUAACCAACGACAUCGGAUUAGUGGUAUUGAAAAAUGAUAUUACUUUUACUACAUUUAUCCAACCAAUAUGUUUGCCAUUAUCACCAGUUAUGAAAAACGAUAUGGGAAAUAAUUUGCCAUUUGUUGCUGGAUGGGGAUAUACUGAAUAUAGAGGCAAGCCGAAUUCAUCUUUAAAGCAUGUCCAAAUUCCAAUUAUAGACAUGGAGUACUGUAAGUGGCUUUAUGACAGUAAAAGAAUUAUUAUGGAUUACAGAAAUAUUUGUGCUGGAGAAACAGGAAAAGACUCAUGUUUGGGUGAUUCCGGUGGUCCGUUAAUGCUGUUGAAGAAAAAACAAUUUUAUUUAAUGGGCAUUUCUUCUUUUGGUAUUGGAUGUGGAGAUAAUCCGGGUCUGUAUACCAAUGUGUCUUCUUAUAUUGACUGGAUUUUAGAGAAUAUAUAAAUUUUAAUACAAACAAUUAAUAAACUGUAUUUUAUUUUGAUUUCAAUAUUAGUAUAUACAUUUGUAUACAACCACAA